AUGAGCGUCCGCGACUUGCGGUCGCCCUCGGCGACGACCCCGUUGCUUCAAGCCGCCGAGCCGCACCCAUCUGCACCGCAUCCGACCCUAUCACCUGUAGACGGCUGCGACUCGAGCAAGCAGGGGCAGGCGCACAUUGUGGUAUUCGGGGGGCCAGCCAGCAGGCACGGGCAGGGGGCUGCGGAUGGCGAUGAGGGCGCGCAAGUGCGCGAGGAGCACUGGCGGGAUGCGCAGGUUCCAGGGCACGGCAGCGCGCACGCGGGUGCGCACGGGUCGCACGGCGAGGUGGCGCACGUGGGGUCGGCGCGCAAGACGCUGGGCAACGUGGUGAUUUCGAUCGUGGGCGCGGGCGUGCUGGGGCUGCCCUUCACGUUCCGCCAGGCCGGGUGGCUCGUGGGGUCGUGCGCCAUCGCCGGCAGCGCGUCGCUCAGCUUCCACUGCAUGAUGCUGCUGGUGGGCGCGCAGUUGCACGGGGACGGCACAGGGGGGAGGGCAAAGGGGGGAGGGCAAAGGGGGAGGGCAAAGGGGGAAGGGCAAAAGGGGGGAGGGCAAAGGGGGGAGGGGAGAGGAGGGGGCAAGGCGAAGGCGGCGAAUGAGUCCAUACGGGAACGGGGAGGGGCUAGGGGAUAUACCAUCGCUCCUCGCGCGGUGCGGUGCCGGCGGCUGGUGGCGGAGAGGGGCGGGGCAGUGAUCAACACGUACGGCGACCUGGGCUACCACGCGUGCGGCCAGGUGGGGCAGCGCGCGGUGGACGUGUUGGUGCUGGUGUCGCAGGGCGGGUGCUGUGUGGCGUACCUCAUCUUCGUGGGGGAGAACCUCGCCUCCAUCGUGCCCGCCUGCCCCACGCUGCCAGGCACCUCCGUCAGGACCACCCUCAUCCUGCUGCUCUCGCCCCUGCAGGUGCUCCUGGCGUGGGUGCGCUCGCUCACCGGCCUCGCGCCCUUCAGCAUAUUCGCUGACGUCGCCAACCUCCUUGCCAUGGCCGUGGUCAUCCGUGAUGACGUCAGCAGCUUCACGCGGCCCACAGCAGUGUACCCGUGGACGGGGCUGGCAGCGCUGCCGUUCGCCCUGGGCGUGGCGUGCUACUGCUACGAGGGCUUCGCCAUGACGCUGCCCCUCGAGGCGUCCAUGAAGGACCGCAGCAAGUUCCCCCUGGUGCUGGGCGGCGGCAUGUUCUGCAUCACGCUGCUCUACAUCGCGUUUGGCAUCGUGGGGUACGUGGCGUUCCAGGACAACACAAAGGAGAUCAUCACGCUCAACCUACCGCGCGACCUGUCGACGGACGUGGUGAAGCUGGGGCUGUGUGUGGGGCUCUUCUUCACCUUCCCCGUCAUGAUGCACCCCGUGCACGAGAUCUUUGAGCGCCGCCUCAUGCUCACGCCCGCCUUCCAGCGCCACGUGCAGCCCUACCCGCGCCUGCGCCGCUUCCUCCUGCGCUCCGUGCGAACCCUCAUCGUGCUGGCGGCUGCCCUCGUGGCGGUGCAGGUGCCGGGCUUUGCCACGUUCAUUGCGUUUGUGGGGUCGUCCGUGUGUGCACUGCUGGCUUUUGUGCUGCCCGCCACUUUCCACCUGCAGAUCCUAGGCAGCGACGCCACCUGGGGAGCCAUUUUGUCUGAUUCGGCUCUCAUUGCGUUUGGCUUGGCCUUUGCUGCCUAUGGCACGUACUCCACCAUCUGGACAGGGUAG